UGUUAUUCCGCUCACGCUUAAGUUUCUUUGUUUCAUAUUAACUCUGUAACACUGUAGGAUGAGGGAACACUAUUAACGACACUUUAGUGAUGACACUUAUACACGCUUAGAGCCUGAGCUAACCGUUUGUAAUUAGCGUGGUAAAGCUGCGGCUAACAGAAACUGAAUCGGACGCUUAUUCUGCUGUUGACAGUAAUUUAGUGAGAGAUGUUGGGCUGCAUUUCGUCCAAACGGUCUCAUUUACCUGUCUGCUGAUGUCUAACUGUAGCUACUGGGAGCUGGACAUGGACCUCUCACUGCUGUAUGUAUUGUCAGUGCUCUAGCAUUGCUUACACAUCCAAAGCUUGGUGCUGAGAGAAAGGGGUGGUGAAAAUGAUCCUCAAAAAAGCUCUCAAUGUUAGGUCCUCUUUCAUUGUGGGCUUUUUGGUGGGCACAUUCACCUUGUACGUGAUCCUUCAACAGACAUGGUUCACACAGAGCCUUCACGACCAUCAGCAUGAGGGUCUGGGCCAAAGUGCUGAGGACGUCAAUCUGCUUAUAGAGGCAAAGAACUGGAGAAAAGAGAAGUUUGCUCUGUUUAACCUGAAUCAUCCACACCAUAUAGGAGAGGACAGCACUAUUGCUGAUGACCUUUACAAGCGUGUGCGCAUUCUUUGUUGGGUAAUGACUAGCCCUAAGAACCUGGAGACAAAAGCCCGACACGUGAAGGCCACGUGGAGCCGCCACUGUAACAUCGUCAUAUUUAUGAGCUCUGUUGACGACCCAGACUUCCCCACCGUGGGCCUCAACACCAAAGAGGGCCGAGACCAGCUAUACUGGAAGACUAUCAACGCUUUUCAUUAUGUGCUGGAGAAGCACGAAAACGAUGCUGACUGGUUCUUCAAGGCUGACGAUGACACAUAUGUGGUGGUAGACAACCUGCGCUGGAUCCUGGCCAAUCACACGCCGGACGAACCCAUAUACUUCGGGCGGCGCUUCAAGCCGUACACCAAGCAGGGCUACAUGAGCGGUGGGGCCGGGUACGUCUUGAGCCGAGAGGCCCUGAAGAGGUUCGUGGAAGGCUUUCGCACCAAAGUGUGCACACAUACGUCCUCGGUGGAGGACCUUGCUUUAGGCCAGUGCAUGGAAAAGAUGGGAGUAAUAGCCGGGGAUUCUCGAGACACGCUACACAGAGAGACCUUCCAUCCAUUCGUACCACAGCAACACCUCACUGCCAAAUUCUCCAAGACUUUCUGGUACUGGAACUACAACUACUACCCCAUUGUAGAGGGACCUCAGUGUUGCUCGGAUUUGGUCGUGUCCUUCCAUUAUGUGAACCCUCAACUGAUGUACCUGUUGGAGUACUACACUUACCACUUACGUGCCUUUGGCUACAGUUACCGCUACCAAGCCCCUGCACCAACCAAGCGUCCAUCUCACCAUGAAGAGGUGAAGCUUUUAAACGACAGUCACAAACAGGAUGCAGACAAACAUGAAGUGGAAAACAAAGCUCCGCCUCCUGAAGGGGAGAAGCUCUGAGCAUUUUAUAAAUGCCCAAAAUAACUGCUAAUCUUGUGACUUUUUUAUACAAUGGGACUCGUUUUGAAAUGGGUGAGCAUGAUGAAUGUUGUGCUAACAGUCUGCUUAUGAAUCAGGUAGCAGAGGUGUGGGAGUGUGUGCAUGUAUAAUAUAUGGCCAAAAGUGUGUGGAUUUUGCUCGGGUUUGUUGGACAUAGCAAUUCAAAACCAUAGGAAUUAAUAAAAAUAUGCUGUCACAAUGUUGUAAGCAUAUAAUAAUGUUAUAUAAAGAAUCCAUCAUGUCUAAGGUUUCACUAGUGAUUUGCUAAUAAUUCCUGAAGGCUUUGUUAUAAUGCAUAAAGGCCUGUCAUAAUUAUUAAAUAAUCAUCUAAAUAUCAUUUUAAAGCUGGUCUAGUUUGUCAUAGGAAUUAAUCAAAAAUGACACAUUAAUUAAAAUAAACUUAACAAAAUGGCAUUGUCAUAUUUCAAUCAUUCCCAGUCAAAGGCUUUGAGCUACACUGUGUGCGGAUGUAAUAAAGAUGCAAAAAGUCAAUUUAAUUGCUUAAGUCAAUUAUUACUUGCAUCUAUGUGUAUGACAAUAGUCACUUAAAAUUUCACAACCAUGGCAGGCCAAUACAUAAUUAAAUAAAGAUUUUAAACAGUACAAAUACUCGCCGAUUCAGGUGGCGCAGUGGUAAAAACACAUGCUGGAACCAGAGCUGGGAUCUCGAAUACGUCGUAUCGAAUCUCAGCUUUGCCUGCCGGCUAAGGCUGAGCAGCCACAUGAACAACGAUUGGCCUGUUGUUCAGAUAUGGGCAGGACUAAGCCAGAUGCGGUCUCUCUCCCAACCUCUGCUGGCUAAUCUCUAAAUUCUAAUCUCAUAUGAACUAAGAACGACUGCAGGUCUUUAUUCUAAUUGGACUGGAACUUCACUUGACCAAUAUUUACUGAUUGGAACAGUAGGAAUCAGGUGUAGUUUGUUGUUUUAAAAACCUGCCAGUGUGGCUCACUGACCUUUUGUGAAGAAGGCUAAACACUCAAGUUAAGGCUUUAAACGUCAGCAGGAUUUUGUAGUCAAUACAGAGCUUAACAGGCAGCCAAUGUAAUGUGAUCUUUCACGCCGGGGUUUGCUGCACAGAUGGGUCAGCCUUCUCCAGUGGCAUCUGUCACAAGAUCUGUAUGAUCUUUUGUUUUUCUUGUAGGAAUGUGUGCUGAUCAUUCUCACGUAGCUAGAGCUUAUUGGAGAUAACAAAGUAGCCAGCCAGCAGCCUGUCUAAUCUAAAUUUUUCAAAGCAUGUACCUAUGUCUCCCAUCUACCAUAUCGCCCAGUCUUAGGUUGUAACUCAUAUAAAAGUUUGCUCUUUCUAACGAAUGUCCACAAUGCCACUGGAAUUUCUAACAUGUAAAUGAAACUGUGAAUUUGGCACCCAUGAUCAACAGAAAUGUUUUAUGUUGCUUAAUGAAUGGUGGCAACAAGCCAAUGUUAUUACAACAGGUCAAGAUUGUUAGGAUCGUUCACAUAUAGUACACGUCCCCUAAAAGCAGCAUGUUGACUCAUGAAAUUUGUUGUCAUAGGACAGAACCUUAGAAGGUGUGCAGUGAAAUUGUUUGGUGAAACUGGGCUAGGAACAGAUCCUGUAAAACUAGCCCUUCCAGUUGGUUCCCGUGCAUGAUAAAAGCCUGGUGAACUAACUUGCUUUACAAUAGGAACGACUUUCUUAACAGUAUUUCCAAACUAACAGUAAGUUUUCUGCUUAGUCAUACUGAGUUUGUGAUUUCUAAUAUUAUUACAGACAAACAAAUGUAGUUACUAUUCAGUCACUGGUCUCUUUUUCAGACUAUAAAGUUAGCUGGUGUUCUAAAGUUUAAAGGUUAAUGUAUUAUUAUUGUUGAAGCAAGUAAUAGUCAAUGGUCAGGACCACCACAGAGCAGGUAUUAUUUAGGUGGUGGAUCAUUCUCAGCGCUGCUGGAGUUUUUAAAUAACGUGUCCACUCACUGUUCACUCUAUUAGACACUCCUGCCUGGUUGGUCCACCUUGUAGAUGUAAAGUCAGAGACGAUCACUCAUCUAUUGCUGCUGUUUGAGUUAGUCAUCUUCUAGACCUUCAUCAGUGCUCACAGGAUGCUGCCCACGGGGCGCUGUUGGCUGGAUAUUUUUGGUUGGUGGACUAUUCUCAGUCCAGCAGUGACAGUGAGGUGUUUAAAAACGAUAUAAGCGCAGCACAACACACACUAACACACCACCACCAUGUCAGUGUCACUGCAGUGCUGAGAAUGACCCACCACCCAAAUAGUACCUUCUCUGUAGUGGUCCUGUGGGGGGUCCUGCCCAUUGAAGAACAGCAUGAAAGGGGGCUAACAAAGCAUGCAGAGAAACAGAUGGACUACAGUCAGUAAUUGUAGAACUACAAAGUGCUCCUAUAUGGUAAGUGGAGCUGAUAAAAUGGACAGUGAGUGUAGAAACAAGAAGGUGGUUUUAAUGUUAUGGCUGAUCCAUGUAAAUAUAUAUAUAUAGUUUUCUAUCUGAAACCACUAAAAUCGUAUAACCACAGAAGGAUGCAGUUUUACAAUCAAAGAUAUAUUGAGUAGAAAUGACCCGAUCUCUGUUUUUAAUUAUUAACCUAACGUCAUCAUUUGGAAUUUAAUUUAUUGUGUAAUGGAGUGAAAUAAUUUACAUGCCAGGACAUACACAGCUUCGUUUUUGCAUUUCCUUGUGCAUAGGAAAAUAGACUGUGGAUAAUCUUUUAAGAUAAUAUAGUGGAAUAAGCCAAGAAUAAGACAGUGGAUUCAUUUGGAAUAUAGAUACCGAUCCAGCAUUUUGGGCCAGUUUUUGCUGUGACAGCCGUACUUCUAUAGUAUCAAAACAGCCCUAGUAUUGAGACCAUAUACUGUAGUAGUUAUAAUAAAGCUGUCAUUUACUCAAAAUAUACCUUAAAGUUGAAGUGAUUAUUUUGUUUGUUUGUUUGUUUUCAAUAUGUACCAAGUCUCUUUUACCGUGUCAUUGCAAUGAUUAUAUUUUUACUAGUGAGAUUUUGAUUCACUGAAAGUGAUUUUGUUUUUUUGUUUUUAGGUUAUUAGUGAGAUUUUGAUUUACUAAAAGUGAUUUGUUUGUUGUUUAGGUUUAUAAAUAAUGUUUUUUGUACUUAACCAUAGUAAAAGUAUUGCAUGAGGAUAAUUGCUGUCAGUGACAGAAACAGUUUCAGGAAGUAAGUUUGUAUUUUACGGGGUACAUUUUCAUACUGACCACAUGUGGAAUGUGACUGUAUUUCAUGUACUGAUAAGCCCUAUCACAUUGGUAGUGUUUAAGCAUUGUAAUAUCAAGAAAUUGAUCUGGUUUUUUGAAGGUGUAACCGGGGCAUUAAAGCUCUUUUCUGGGUGGAAUCUGGGGGAGUAUUGUUCUUUGAUUGAGAACAAUGAAUCAAUGUGUUGGGUGAAUUCCAGAGUAAAGAAAGGCAGUACCUGCAAUGGCAGGGCUGCUUUUCACAUUUUUAAUCACUAUUUUGCUUUGUAAUCCAAAGGGUUGUGACUGGUGUGUGUAUGAAGGGAAUUCUGUACAGUAACGUCACAGCAUUGUUUAUUUAUAGAACGUCUGAUGUGAACAAUUCAGAGAACAUAUAUACAAAAUAAUUAGGACUCAUGAACAAAAUAUUUAAUAAAGAUGUAUUUUACUGUAAA